UCAACUGGGGCUAUACAUAUCGCGGGGUGAUCUUCCCCACUCUCCGCAACUCCUUCAAGUCCCGGGACUUGGAGCGCCUUUACCAGCGCUACUUCUUGGGCCAGCGGCGCAAAUCUGAGGUGGUCAUGAACAUCCUGGACGUGCUGACCAAGCUGACCCUACUGUUCCUCCACUUGACGCUGGCCUCUGCUCCCAUGGACCCUAUUAAGGGCAUUCUCUUGGGCUUCUUCACUGGCAUCGAGGUGGUGAUCUGUGCCUUAGUGGUGGUCAGGAAGGACACGACCUCGUACACCUACCUGCAGUACAGUGGUGUUGUCACCUGGGUGGCCAUGGCCACACAGAUCCUGGCGGCAGGCCUGGGCUGUGGCCUCCUUGGGGACGGCAUUGGCUAUGUGCUUUUCACGCUUUUUGCGACCUACAGUAUGCUCCCGCUACCACUCACCUGGGCCAUCCUGGCUGGGCUGGUCACCUCUGUCCUGCAGCUCGUCAUGCAGCUGGUAAUCCCCAGAUUCGCCGUGACUUCCCUCAACCAGAUAGCAGCUCAGGCAGUGUUAUUUAUGUGUAUGAACACUGCAGGAAUCUUCAUUAGCUACUUGUCAGACAGAGCACAACGUCAAGCCUUCCUGGAGACCAGAAGAUGCGUAGAGGCCAGACUGAGACUAGAGACAGAAAACCAGCGACAGGAACGGCUGGUGCUCUCUGUCUUACCACGGUUUGUAGUCCUGGAAAUGAUAAAUGACAUGACCAAUGUAGAGGAUGAACAUUUGCAACACCAGUUUCAUAAGAUCUACAUUCAUCGCUAUGAGAAUGUCAGCAUUCUUUUUGCAGAUGUCAAAGGGUUCACCAACCUUUCCACAACUCUGUCAGCCCAGGAGCUGGUCCGAAUGCUGAAUGAACUCUUUGCCAGAUUUGAUCGACUAGCACACGAACAUCACUGUCUCAGAAUAAAGAUUCUGGGGGACUGUUACUACUGUGUGUCAGGGCUGCCAGAACCUCGCCAGGACCAUGCACACUGCUGUGUUGAAAUGGGGCUCAGCAUGAUCAAAACUAUCAGAUAUGUAAGGUCGAGAACGAAGCAUGACAUCGACAUGAGAAUAGGGAUACACUCGGGAUCGGUUCUGUGUGGAGUGCUGGGCCUGCGGAAGUGGCAGUUUGAUGUCUGGUCAUGGGACGUGGAUAUCGCAAACAAACUCGAGUCAGGUGGAAUUCCUGGGAGAAUUCACAUCUCCAAAGCCACUCUGGACUGCCUGAAUGGGGAUUAUAAAGUUGAAGAAGGGCAUGGCAAAGAGCGUAAUGAAUUCUUGAGGAAGCAUAACAUUGAGACUUAUUUAAUUAAACAACCUGAGGAGAGUCUAUUGACUUUGCCUGAAGAUAUUGUGAAAGAGGCUGUCAGCUCCUCUGACAGGAGAAACAGUGGAGCUACGUUUACCGAAGGAUCCUGGAGCCCUGAACUUCCAUUUGAUAACAUAGUGGGAAAACAAAACUAUUCUCAAAUGCGGGAUGAAGUAUUCAAAUCAAACUUGGUGUGUGCAUUUAUUGUUCUUGUAUUUAUCACGGCUAUCCAAAGCUUACUUCCUUCUUCCAGGGUGAUACCCAUGGUCAUUCAGUUUUCUAUUCUGAUAAUGCUGCACUCCGCUCUUGUGCUGAUCACCACAGCAGAGGAUUACAAAUGUUUACCCUUAAUGCUCCGGAAAACUUGCUGCUGGAUUAAUGAGACCUACCUGGCAAGGAAUGUCAUUAUAUUUGCAUCCAUUCUGAUUAAUUUUCUUGGAGCCAUCAUCAAUAUUCUAUGGUGUGAUUUUGACAAACCAAUAGCCCUGAAGAACCAGACGUUCAAUUCAUCUGCUUCUUUUACGGACAUCUGUUCCUGUCCUGAGUAUUUUGUCUUCACUGGUGUGCUGGCAAUGGUGACUUGUGCAGUCUUUCUCCGUCUCAACUCUGUCCUGAAGCUGGCAGUGCUUCUCAUCAUGAUUGCGAUCUAUUCUCUGCUGACUGAGACCAUUUAUGCCUCCCUUUUUCUGCAAUAUGACAACUUUAACCACAAUGGAGACACAGACUUCCUGGGUACAAAGGAGGCAUCUUUACUCCUGAUGGCAAUGUUCCUUUUAGCUGUAUUCUAUCAUGGUCAACAGCUCGAAUACACAGCAAGGCUGGAUUUUCUGUGGCGUGUACAAGCAAAAGAAGAAAUCAAUGAAAUGAAGGAGCUGAGGGAGCACAAUGAAAACAUGCUACGGAAUAUUUUACCCAGCCAUGUUGCCCGUCACUUCCUGGAGAAGGAUCGAGAUAAUGAAGAAUUAUACUCUCAGUCCUAUGAUGCUGUUGGUGUGAUGUUUGCUUCUAUUCCUGGAUUUGCUGACUUUUAUUCCCAGACUGAGAUGAAUAACCAAGGAGUAGAAUGUCUGCGCUUGCUGAAUGAAAUCAUUGCAGACUUUGAUGAGUUACUAGGUGAAGAGAGAUUUCAAGAUAUUGAAAAAAUUAAAACAAUUGGCAGCACAUACAUGGCUGUGUCAGGAUUAUCACCUGAAAAACAGCAAUGUGAAGACAAAUGGGGGCAUUUGUGUGCCCUGGCUGACUUCUCCAUAGCUCUGAAUGAAAGCAUACAGGAGAUCAACAAGCAUUCAUUUAACAACUUUGAACUCCGUAUUGGGAUUAGCCAUGGCUCUGUCGUAGCUGGAGUUAUCGGUGCUAAGAAACCCCAAUACGACAUCUGGGGCAAAACAGUUAAUUUAGCCAGUCGAAUGGACAGCACAGGUGUUAGUGACAGAAUACAAGUGCCUGAAGAAACGUAUCUGAUCCUGAAGGACCGGGGAUUUGCCUUCGACUACCGAGGAGAGAUUUAUGUCAAAGGUAUCAGUGAACAGGAAGGAAAAAUUAAAACAUAUUUUCUUCUAGGAAGAGUACAACCAAAUCCUUUAAUCUUACAACCAAGAAAACUGACUGGACAGUAUUCAUUAGCAGCCGUUGUAUUAGGACUUGUACAGUCUCUUAACAGGCAAAAACAGAAACAAAUCCUUAAUGAGAACAAUAACUCUGGAAUCAUAAAAGGACAUUACAACCGGAGGACUUUGCUCACUCCCGGUGGAUCUGAGGCAGCAGCCCAGGCAGAGGGGGCUGACAAAACUGAAUUGCCAUAAUCAGCAUUGUUUGUGUUCUUUUUUUUUAAUUAUUAUUUCUUUUAUAUAUAAAAAUAAAUAUACAAAUAAAAAGGGUUUAAUUUUUUUUA